CCACUUCUGCCUCUCGGCUGGGUAGGUUUCAGUCUCACGGAGGGAAAUGCACAUGUACACACGCCCCUAAAACCCACACAGACAAAACCCCUCCGUGGAGACGCCAGUGACAGGAAACUCACUUUUGCACAGGAACUUGCUAAUCGCUUUUGUCACUCUCGGACUGUUCCUGCUGCCUUAGUCACCUCCGACUCCCAGGCCCACUGCCUCGGGCUGGGCUCUCCCAGUCCAGGGUUGCCGUCGGUCCUUCCAGCGUGACUCACUGGGAGCCGUGGGGAGGAGAGAGGGAGAGGUGGGUCCCAGGAGGACCUCACAGCCGCGACAGGCUUCAGCUACACCGACUUCUACAUGGCUGUGAAGAGCAGCUUAGAUUUCCGGAGUCAGUCAUCUUGGUAUUGAGACAUCCGUUUGGCGUUCCAUGACAGCUCCAAAAAGUGGCUGGGAUCCGCUAGAGGCUGAGGCCACACCCACCCAGCUGCCUUCACCCGGCUGCCUUCCUGCUUCUUGGCCAGUCAAGAGCUGUUUACCAGUGUCAUUCACACACCAGUUGGCAACCAAGCUUCAGAGGUUUUCCAAGCAGUCGCUGCCUCUCACCUGGCUGGACGGGAGAAGGAACAUCUAUAAUUGAUGCCCGAGAUUCUGAGAACAUAAACCCCGGUUGACGUCUUCUUGCUGGAUGGAGCCUGCUGCAGCAGCCCACUGAGAGUUACUUCCCUUAGGCGCCUGGACUCGUCAGCAGGACUUCGGACAGGAAGAUGCUGAGUUCUAUCAAAUGCGUGUUGGUAGGGGACAGUGCUGUUGGGAAAACCUCACUGCUGGUGCGCUUCACCUCUGAGACCUUCCCGGAGGCCUACAAGCCCACUGUGUACGAGAACACCGGCGUGGACGUCUUCAUGGAUGGCAUCCAGAUCAGCCUGGGCCUCUGGGAUACUGCCGGCAACGAUGCUUUCCGAAGCAUCCGCCCCCUGUCCUACCAGCAGGCGGACGUGGUACUCAUGUGCUACUCCGUGGCCAAUCAUAACUCAUUCCUGAACUUGAAGAACAAAUGGAUUAGUGAGAUCAGGAGCAACCUGCCCUGUACCCCGGUGCUGGUUGUGGCUACACAGACUGACCAGAGAGAGGUAGGACCCCACAGGGCCUCUUGCAUCAAUGCCUUAGAAGGGAAGAGACUUGCCCAGGAUGUGCGAGCCAAGGGCUACCUGGAGUGCUCAGCCCUUAGCAACCGGGGAGUACAGCAGGUAUUUGAGUGUGCCGUCAGAACGGCUGUCAACCAGGCCAGGAGAAGAAACAGAAGGAAGCUCUUCUCCAUCAAUGAGUGCAAGAUCUUCUAAACCCCAACACCCGACAUGCAUGAACAUACCUCAAGGACUAAUGGGGAGGGGAAGGUGCCAAGCCAAGGGGGUUGCUGCUCUGUCUUGGCACAUUUGAACAGCCUUUCUUUCUGGAUGGAGUUAUCAAGAGGGUCGGUCACCGAUGCUUCCACUAACUGUACUCUACAGAUAAACUCUUGGCCCAGCACAGCCAGAGAGAUUCCUUGGGAAGCCAAAUGAAUAGUCCAUCUUCAAUGAAAAACUAAACAACCAUCCUAAUUUAGACAAUGAAAUGAAUUUCCCAAGUAUGUUAUAUUUAAACUCACGUUUUAUUUAAAUAAUAGUAAUUAGCUAUAUAGCUUUUGUUUUCAUGCUUGGGAAAUCUUUUCUUUGAAAAGGCAAACUGCUGUAUGAGGGAAAUAACCUUGUGGGGCUCAACCAUAUGUCUGUAGUGUUAUUAUUUACUCCUGAAUUUAAUUUGGUUGAAACUAUUUGUGUGCUGUGUUUUUCUAGAUAAUCAAACUUUCAAAUGACCAUAAACGGGUCCCUGGAACUCAUUUUCCAUUUCCCUAUUAUUCAGAGUUGUGUAUAAAUACAGCUCCAGACUGUAAGGUAUUUUAACACUGCCAAAUGAUUUGGAACAGUUAUUAUUUUUUCUCUGAAAUUGCAAAAAAGUAUUUCUUAUUUACAAUAUUACCUGUCACUCAAAGGACUCCAGUUACAUACCAAGUAUCCCUUUCUCACUCACUAAAACAGAGAUGGAAGGAAAAAUCUUUCUGCUAGAGAGUCACACCGUGCGAAAUGACAGCAGCGGAGCUGGGCACAGAUGCAAGGGGACCCUUCUCCUUGCCUGGGUCUCCUGACAUAUGCUUUCUGACUGAUUACAGGUCUCAGAAGAGGACAGGCAAACGUUCUGAACAAUAAUUAAUUUGACAAAGUAGUUCUCAUUUGAACUCUAAAUUGAAUGACAUGACCCCAUCAUUUAUUAAUUUUAGGACGGAAUUAAAAUAAUUAGAAAGGCACCUAUGUAUGUAUGUGGUUGUAUAUGUGUCCAAGGGGGAAGGCAGGAUUUGUAGCUUUUACUGUUUCAUGAAUAGAUAUUCACUUGUGAAAAACAUUACAAGUCCCAGGUUCAGAGAAUGAGAAAGCCUGUAGUAAUUACUCAGAUAGUAAAGGGUUCCCAGGGGCAAUACUGAAUGAAUAGGGCCAUGUGCAGUUACACAACCCUCCUUUCUAGUUGUUUGAAAGCAACGUGCCACUCACCCUUUCUACGGCCAGAUUACCAUUUCUUGUCCCAAUCUAGUAACUAGGAACCACUUGAGCUGCCUUUCUUGGAGCCCAAGGGUUGUGUGGUUGUCCACGUGAAGGGCGAGGAGCCCGAAGGAGCGACUCCACUGAGGAUUAUGCUAACAUAAGCAAAUCAGUUUAUCGCACUGAUUCUCUGGCUGGUUCUUUGGGGUGACAAUCUGGUAAACAUAUCUUAUGAUGUCCCCCAUGCUCCCUUGUCCUCUGCCUCUCUUCCAUACCCAGUCAAAAGCUUGGGACCUGGGUCGUGGUCUUGGGUAGAAGAAUUAGCCCCAUUUCCUAGGGCUGAUAGGUUUGCUUUCAGCUAAUCUCUCAGGCCUCUGGCUCUGUGGCUUGUCCUUGCUUCUGGGCCACCUACAUCCCUUGACUUGGGAGCUCUUGUCUUCAGCUCAUGGCCCUAGGCAUCCUGAAGGUUGGAAUGCUGAGGCAGGGGAGUAGACAAGAACUCAUCUCCUCUAUAUCUCUCAUAUCCCUCUAAUUUUCUUCUUAUUUUCCAAAACACAAAGGUUUUUGUGCUGUGUGUGUGUGUGUGUGUGUGUGUGUGUGUGUGUGUGUGUGUGUGUGUUUUGAUGGGAACUGAAACUUUUUGUUUUGUUCUCAUGCUGUAGCCCAGGAUGGCCCCAAGCUUGGAAUGAUCCUCCUGUCCCAGUCUCUCCGGUGCUGUGGUUACAGGUGUGAGCUACCAUGCCUGGCUUACAAAAGGUCUUUAAUAACAAACACAGCUUCAAGAUUAAUCUUUGCAAUAUUUUAAAACACACUGAAGAAACGAAUCGCCACACGCUAAGUUGGCUGUCCCCUAAUAUUUUUCUGUCUUUCUAUUGAAGGGAGGUGGGGUUUGAGGAGCAUCUGAGAGUGGGAAGGACCCGGGGACGAAGAGAGAAUGUCAUGGUGGAAACAGGAAGGGUGGCCAGAGAGGACGCUAAUGGUGUUGCCAUUACUGGAGUAAGGACACAGAGUGAGGUCUGCCUGUCGACAGGAGCCAACUAAAAAGCUCCUUCGAGGAAGGAAGCCUGGAGGGCAGGAAUUCACACGUGGAGCCUUCUCCGUGUGCAGCUGAUGGGAGCUGAGCCAGCCCGGAGCCGUGUUCCCUCCUAAGCGCUGCGUCUCUGACUGAGUGCCACCUCCCCUUUAGCUCUGUGUCUCCAGGGCCUAGCACAGGGAAGAAACCACAGCGAAAUGAAGUUGUGUCAAAUUCGGCUGGAGAGAGAAAGGCAGACAUUGGGCCUCCAAGCCGUUAUGAGGAGGAAGCAGGCCCACCCAGGCCUGGAAGAGGUAAGGGUUGAAAAGGGGGCUUCGUGGAGGAAAGGGCGUACUUCACAGGGCCGUAUGUCUAGGUUUGCGUGCCUCCAUGACGGAGCAUGA